ACUCCCACGUGACUGCGCUGAGAUUCAGACUGGUGGACUAUCCCAUCUCAGUGGGGUGUAUCCCAUCUAUCCCGAUGGAGUUGGGGAUGAUCCUCUCUUCGUUUACUGUGAUAUGGAAACGGACGGAGGUCGCUGGACGGUAUUCCAGCGUAGACAAGAUGGAUCUGUUGACUUCUUUCUUAACUGGUCCGAGUACAAACACGGUUUUGGAAACGUUUCCUCCGAGCACUGGCUCGGUAACGACAACAUCCACCGUCUUUCCCGUAAUAAGACCUACGAGCUACGGAUCGACCUACAAGACUUCGAGGGACAAACGCGCUAUGCCGCCUACAGCAAUUUCAGUAUUACGGACGAGGUCGCAAAGUACAUCCUGGCCCUUGGCAGCUACUCCGGAGACGCAGGUGACAGUAUGUCGUAUCAUGAAGGUUAUCCGUUCAGUACACUGGACCGUGAUCAUGAUGGUUUAGGGGGACACUGCGCCGACCUGUUAAAAGGAGGCUGGUGGUACAAUGAUUGCCAUCAUGCCAACCUAAACGGCCUAUACCUGAACGGUCCAACCACACAAGCGGAGAACGCGGCCAAGGGUGUGGUAUGGUAUCACUGGCUCGGUUAUACAUACUCCCUCAAGAAGACGGAGAUGAAGCUUCGUCCGACGUAAUUAACGAACGCCUGUCAUAAGAACGUGCCGGUUUACCGUGGGGUUUCGUAAGCACAUUUAAAAACACCGGAAUUUACAUUUUGUAUUUUAUCACACACAGCUUCUCAGCUUUUUCACUUUGAUAACGAAACAUAUAACAACUUCCUCAAAACAGUGUUACUCAUUUUAGUAUC